GAACCAAAUACAAGUCAAUUACAAAAUUAUCUCCAGCUGAUGAUUAAUGAAUUUAAGCAACUAUGGAGCGAGCAAUUAUUCAAAACUACUCAAUAUCCAAUUGGGCAUAUGUUUUGUUAUGCAUUGAUUCAAAUUGUAUAUGACAUACCAGCUGCAUAUAAG